GGUAGACCAUCUCCGUUUCAAUGAGCGCGUUUGACUAAUUUGGGUAUAAAUAAAAAUUGAAGCUGACAGAUCCAUGAAAUUAAUACAAAGAGAAAUACAAGGAAAUAAUCCUUAAGUUUGGAAAUUAAAAAGCUUGUUCGUAAUAUUCUUACCUUCCUUCAGAUCGAAUCAAUCAGAUUUGGAUACAAUUUGUGCCACAAUACCUCAAGCUAAAGGAAUAUGCUACCUUUCGAGAGAAAACUAACUGCCUAAGUGCCUAAAACUACUCUGGCCAGAAGUUGUGACACUUAGUUUCUUAUAACAGGGAGUUGGAACUUAUAUUAGGUUUGUUGCAUUUAGAGGUUUACUUGUCCCGAGGGGGGAUCGAAGAGCAUCGGAGCACAAUGCCUUCGGUGCCCACUACACUUCCUAUUGUACCUUCCAUUUUGUUGGCUACUUCUUUGCGUAGUUUAUUAUGUUCCCAUCGUCUGAAACAUCUUGAAAAAAGUGAUCGGCGUGGUAAUCUUAGUUAACAUUAGGUUAUUUCUGUUUUUCGCUUAUUAGUGACCAUCUCUGUCUUCCCUUCCUCGUGUUUCUUGGUUUUCCUCUUAUUAAACUGCUCACACCUUGUAGAGAGAUAAAAGGGAUUGCUCUAUAGAAGGUAGUUGAUCUCUGCUAUAGUCAUUACAAUUGUCUUUGGAGACAUUUGUUAAUCUGAUUGUGUUGUGCAAUAUUGUGAUUUUUUGGCUCUGCAAAAUUGAGUCUGCAAUUCUCUUGUUCUUAUUCGAUGGGCAGCGUCCAUGCAUAUGAUAGUGGCACUGAUGAUCAUGAGCAAUCUUCUGCCAUGAAAGUGCAGCAUGCCUGCAGUGGUACUACAGUAGACACACUGCAGAAACUUGAAAAUGCAUUUCAUGAUAAUCUGCUAGUGAACAGUGAGAAUUUGGAUACUGGCAUUCUGCCAUCUGAUGAUAAUGGCAGCAGCAGUAGUAGUAGUCUGGAAGAUAAAGACACAGGAUCUGGUGAUUUUGACUCAGAUCUGGAGGGCUCCAUUGCAACAUCUAGUAAGUGCUUGCACAAGUGUGCUACUUUUCCUGUUGCUGUCAAGGAGGAAGCGACACUUGAUUUUCAGCCUGAAAGUAAAUCUUGCUUGCGCUCACUGUCUCUUCCAACUGAAAGCAAGCUUGUCUCUGCCCUCAAGGGUAGCCGUGAGAAGAUAGGUGUGCCUCCAAGGAAGCUGAGUGUAUCUUGGGCUCCUGACGUAUAUGAUCCACCACCAACUUCGUUGUCUCACUACCCAAAGAAAAAGAAUCAGCAGCAGUCCAAGAGCAGUAAGAAACAUGGAAAGGGAAAGCAAAAGAGCAAGAGUGUGCGUGGGGGAGGAAGUGCAACUAAAGACAAGAAGCAUUACCGCAAGUCGGGAGGAAGAUCUGACCGGUGUUUGGAUUCCUUUGCAGAUACUGAUAGGGUACUAUCAUCAAACAGUUACAAAUCUCUAGAUCUGCUGGAUUUCGAUGAGGAUAUUGAUAUUGGUAGCCCUGAUUCCAACUGUUCUAGCAGCUUUCUGGGGCAAGCUGGUGGUACCAUGCACUGUGUUUGCUGAGGCUAUGUUGGCUGGUCACGAGGAUUUUGCCACCAGUUUCACAUCAACUAUCAAUGUAAAUAAAUAAGUUGGGGACAUUUUCGAGGCUUUUUUAUUUGCUUUGUUUAGCUACUUUGUUGUUUUCUUCUCCUAAGACGCCUAUGCUUGAACUGUGAGUGUGUGUUGGCUGACAAUAUACUAUGUGGAUUGGUUGUUAAUAUUAUCUGGGUUGAAGUGUCAUAUGCAUUGUUUUCUGCA